AUGCCUCAAAGAACACUUUUAAUUACUGAUUUCUUCGCUAAAUGUCGUUCGACAUCUGCUUCAAAUGCUGCUCUUUUUGAAAAGCCUAUGAAAGUAAUUAAAAUCGAUGAACAAUCAAUCAUAAAACAUGAACAAAUCGAUGUCAAUCUUGAUCAAUGCACACCGAAUCUUUCUCUCGAAGCAAAUACAUCCUCAUCACUAUCAACAACAGAAAAUCAUGAUACAAUUCAAUCAAAUGAAAUUCUUUCAGAUAACAAGGGUUCAUUACGAGAAACAUCUUCAACAAAAUCAUUAAUACCUUCUCGAAUUAAAUUUGUACGUCAUCAUAGUGCUCCACUUCAUCAUCGUAGUCCAAUUAAAAUGCGCGAAGGUUCAAUAGAACAACAAGAUCUUGAUGAUAUACGUGCACGUAUUCGUACAUUUAGAAAUGAUUUAUAUAAAUAUAAAUCAACAUAUUCUCGUUCACCUAUGAAACGUCCUAAUAUCAUCGGAGAUAUUCUAUCAAGUCCAUUUAAACAUCCUACACCACAAACACCAGUAAAAAGUUAUCCAUCUAUUCCAGCUUAUGAACGCUUUAAUUCACUUGUAACAACCAUAGAAUUACCAUUACCAAAUAAAUAUGAAUUAUUACUUGAACAAUAUAAACAUCUUGAUUUUCUUGUUUGUCAUUCACAUAAUAAUGGAGGUAUAAGUACAUUUGAAAAAGUUCAACAUGUUAUACAACAAAAAACUAAACGAAAUUUUACUUUACAAACACUUGGUCGUAUUAAAACAGUUUAUCCAAUAAUGUUUAGUUUUCAACAAGAAAAAAUUCAAUUACCAACAUUAAGUCCAAUUAAACUUAAAUAUGAAUUAACAAUUACUCCAAGUAUUUUAUUUCUAGAUGAUGAUUCGAUAUUCUUUUUUAUUGAUUUUAUUUUAGCUGAUUUUGGUAUUGUAUCAAAUAUUCAAAUAACUCCAUCAAUUAUUAUUGAACGUAUUGAUUGUUUUCGUCGUGCUUUAUUUGAUCUAGUCAAAAGACAUCAUCGAACAUUUUUAUCAAAUAAACUUCAAUUGGCAGUUGAAGAACUUCCUAAUGAUGAAAAUCUUUCACGUUGGCAUCCAGAUUUUGAUCUAUUAAAUAUUCCUGACAUUGAUAUAUCAUCAUUACCUGAAUCACCAGAUAAAGAAUAUAAACAAUUGGUAGCAUCACCAAUUGAAAUACGUCAUUAUGCUGAAAAGACACAAUCACAACGUGUUAAACGUGCUUUAUUUUCAACAUUUUCAAAUGAUGAUAUAUCAUCAACAAUAACACUAUCAUCACCAACUAAAGAAACAUAUUCAAUCGAUGGAAUAUCUUCAUCAUUAAUUGAAAAAAUUCGUUCAAAGGAAACAAAUAAAUUAUUAUCAAAUACAAUUGAUAAACAAAAACAAAUGUUGUCUUAUGUUGAACAAACAAUAAGUAUUGUUCAACAAUUUUUUAUUGCUGAACGUGCAACAUCACUUCAAUUAGAUCAUGUUGCAAAACAAGUUCGUGAUUGUCAUUCCGGUCACCUUUCAUAUAAUCAAUCAACGGAAACUCUUCAUUUCCUUCAUACAUAUCCGGCAAAUAAUGGAUGGCUUUCAAUAAUGAGUAUUCGAGGAAGACAAUUUAUCAAAAUUAAUCGACAUAAAUCAAUUAAUACAAUCAUAGAAACUAUUCAACGAGAAUUAUAA